CCUUACCUUUACCACCACCUUAUUGCUGUAUUUAACCUGAUCUAUCAAUAUGUCUACUUCUCCCAAUGGUAAGAUGGAUGUCGACAAGUCUCCGAAUCCCAAGUCCUCUCGCAAUCACUCGACGGAUACACGACACACUCGUCGUUCCCUCAGGUCUACCUCAAGAGAACGAAGUGAUCGCAAGGACCGAAGACGUGAUGACAGAAAACGACCAAGCCCUGACAGAGAGCGCUAUGAGAGAGACCGCUCGAGAGAGAGGUAUCGCGAAAGGGACCGCGAACGGGACAGGGAUAGACGACGUGGUGAACGGGACUAUGACCGUCACCGUAGUGAUAGGCAUCGUGAAAGAGGUGAAAGUAGACAUAGCAGUCACCGUGAUGACCGAGACAAAGAGGAUCGCAGAAGAAAACGAGUCGACGACGACGAAGUAGAUGCUUCGGAACGCCCCAAGAAGAAGAAAACUGACGACGACGACUCAGUAAAGUCUGCUGGAUCUCCUCGCUCAUCCGACCGCCGUAGGCGUCCUCCUCGCGAUCCUAGAGACGAGUUUGAUGACGGUCCACGUUAUGGUAGGGACCGGUAUAGGGAUGACAGGCGCAACCCUCCUCCUCCUCGACGCUCUCCGUCUCCGCCAAUCAGACGUCCAUCUCCUACGUAUGAAACCCCCGUUGAUGAACCGUACAACCCAGAUGAACCUAAAGAAGAUGAUUCCGAAGCACGGUCCGUAUUCGUGUCGCAACUUGCCGCUCGGUUGACUGCUCGUGAUUUGGGUUACUUCUUUGAAGAGAAACUUGGCGAAAAUACGGUUAUGGAUUCACGAAUUGUGACUGACAGGCUUUCUCGGCGUUCUAAAGGAAUUGGUUACGUGGAAUUUCGCUCUAUGGAUCUUGUAGAGAAAGCAAUGGCUUUGACAGGCACAGUGGUCAUGGGUCUUCCCAUCAUGGUUCAAUUGACUGAGUCGGAGAGAAACAGGCUUCAUCCUGGCGAUGGCAAUCUGAACUUGCCCCCUGGUGUCAACGCUCCUCAUGGAACUAUGCAGCUUUAUGUUGGGUCUUUACAUUUUAACCUAACGGAAUCCGACAUCAAGCAGGUAUUCGAGCCUUUUGGGGCUUUGGAAUUCGUCGACCUCCACAGGGAUCCAAUGACUGGCCGCAGCAAAGGUUACGCUUUCGUGCAAUACAAAAGGGCCGAAGAUGCCAAAAUGGCUUUGGAGCAAAUGGAAGGCUUCGAGUUGGCUGGACGUCAGCUUCGCGUUAAUACUGUACAUGAGAAAGGAGCUACUCGUUACACCCAACAGGAUACAUUGGAUGAAUCUGGAGGCGGUAAUCUGAAUGCAGCGUCCCGUCAGGCACUAAUGCAGAAACUUGCUAGAAUUGAUACACCAUCCUCUCUUCCAGAGCCCACUAAACUAAACAUACCUCAACAAGCUAUGCAAUCUCGCUCGGUGUUGUUGAAGAAUAUGUUUGAUCCCGAAGAGGAAAGCGAAAAGGACUGGGAUAAAGACCUUGCUGAUGACGUCAAAAGCGAAUGUGAGGAAAAGUAUGGCCCGGUUGAAGCUAUCAAAGUCGAGAAAGAAACUCAGGGUGAAAUCUACGUCAAGUUCGACUCUGUUGAAAGCGCCAAGAAGGCUGUUCAGGGCUUGAACGCGCGUUGGUUUGGAGGAAGACAAGUGUCAGCCGCGUUCAUCUCCGAUGCGAUUAUGCAGGCUCAUCAAUAGGUUAUUUCUAUCGAAAACCUCGAUGGGACAAUGCCUCACAUCAACGAUUCCUCUAUCCGGAGAGCCAAAAAAACAACGAAUCAAAUUAUCUAAAGGUCGACAGUUUGUGGUUGACAGUUCCUCUUAUUCUUUCUUUUUCUUGUGAACAGGUAGACGGGACAGUUCAUCUCAUCUCUUCCAAUUCAUCCACCCAGUCCAUUAUUGUGUUUUUAUAACACACGCCGUAUAUUUUGGGCGCCGGUAUAGUAAUGUUUAGGAUCGCUUACUUUUUAUACUGAAUGGAAAUAUGAACAGAUUCUUUGCUUGCCCCCUUGACGCAGUUGAGAUGGAAGUCCUUUCUUUUGCCCUUACCGUAACUCAUCACUCAAAAGUCCUGUGCUUGUAUACAGAUCUGGGAUCCAUCUUUUAUUUUAGCAAUUUCACUCGUACGCAAUUUUAUCUUCAAC